AAAAACCAUGCGCUAAGGAGAACUUAAUCUACGAUAUUGUUCCAACAGAACUUAUCAAAGACAAAAUUGAUUCUGCUACUACUGUUGUCCCUCUAGAAGCGAGUGAUAAUGACACCAGAUCUGCUAAAAUUGGAGUAUUAACCCAGAAACUACCAAGGCAAACGAAUGAAAGCAGUAUGAUAAGUUCACCACAUUCAAAAAUAUUUCGUGAUCUAAUAAAAAUAAGUGGUUCUGACAUUAUUGAUACUAAAAAAAAAACCUACUGUAGUCCUAUGAACAGUAAAAGUGAAUACAUCAAGGAUAAAAAUGAAUCUGAUGGAAUUUUAUCUAUAGUUCGAACAAAUAUUCUCAAUACUGGUGAUAUUUCAACAAGCACUAACGUACUCGGAUAUAGUCGAGCAAAUUUCAACGAAGUGGUCUGUGAGGAUGAACUAAAUGAUUCUAAAAGUAAUGAAAUUCCAGGUUUUGUUUGUAUACCGGCGAGUAAAAUACCAGUGCCUAAUAUUCGGCAAGCAAAAUGUGCUUCCUGGUCUGGAUCUGAUAUGACAACAGCGUUAUCACUAGUGGGAACAAGCUCGUACUCCGUAGCAACAACAGUACAAGAACCCGAAUUGACAAGUAAUAAUGAAAACAAUUGGGAGAACUGUACAAAACGAACAUCUAAAGGUGCUAACGUGAAUGAAAACACAACUUUGACGGAUUUAACACCAGCCUUGAGAAGGAGACGGGAGUCGCACAAAUAUCUUACUGAUCCUUGCCAAUUAAACCUUCGCUUUGCAAGGCCACAUUCCCGUCACACUAGUCGAAAAUGUGGUGUGCCAACAAUUUUACUGGGGAACUUUGAAGAUAAUUCAUCAGAUAACAGUGAAGAGCUUCAAGUUUUUAAGCAAUCGGCAAUAAGUAACGAAAGUAAUGUUGAAGUUAAUAUUCACAAUUUAAAUUCCAUUAAACAUCAACAAUCUCUGAGUCAAAUUCAAAAUCAAGAAAUACGUCAGAAUGAAGAAGAGUUGUUGUACAAUAUGGUAACAGAACUUAAGUUAUCUGAUAAAAAACGUAAUGAUAUUAUACCGCCACCUGGUGCUCCAAAACUAGAAAAUAGUGCCCGCUUGCGUCGAUAUAGACAUAAUGUAGAUUAGUCUCGAAAAAUGUACCUAGCUAUUUAUAAUAAGUAAUUAAACAUAUAGAAAAUACUCCUUUAGCCGUGGUUUUUACGCGCUAGGCAUUUGCGCUUAAGCUUAACUACGGGCAUCGACAGUUGUCUAUAAUCUAUGCAAAAACCGAAUGCCAUGGUUCGAAAAUCAAAUUAAUAAAAUACUUGGCACUUGUUUUCAAAGAAAUUGUUUUGAAUAUUAUUCAGAAACUUAAAACGGAUAGGGUAAGGAAAUAUUUUGACUAAUAGAAAAGAAUUGUAAGUUGUUCUAAUAAAGGCAAAUGUAUGAAUAAU